AUGAUGCUUCAUGUCAAGCCGGUUCCCACACCUAUGGUAUCUAACCAAUCCCUAUCCAACUUUGGAAGUGCUCCAUUCAACAACACUCAACUCUAUAGAAGCAUUGUUGGUGCCCUCCAAUAUGCCACCAUCACACGUUUAGAUAUCACCUAUAGUGUCAACCAAGUUUGCCAAUUCAUGCAAUCUCCUUUUACUGCUCAUUGGAAGGCUAUCAAGAGAAUUCUACGCUACUUAGCUGUCACUCUUCACCAUGGACUCCAUCUUCAGCACAACUCCAACUCACACAUCAACUUAACAGGGUUCUGUGAUGCAGAUUGGGCAUCAGAUGUUGAUGAUCGCCACUCCAUAUCAGGAUAUUGCCUCUUUCUUGGUCCAAACUUGGUUCCUGGCACUCUUGAAAGCAACAUAAAGUCUCUAAGUCUUCUACCGAGGCAGAAUAUCAGAGUGUAG